GGAUCAGGAAAUGGAGAAGGAAUCAUGAGGUCAGGCGCAGCCUGAAUUCACAGCCCUCCACGCGUGGGACCAUCGGCUCCCAUUCCGCAGGAUUUCCCAAUCCCAACGCUUAGCAAGAUGGAGGAGGAAGCUGUAAGGAAGAGGAAGAUGCCCCAGGAUGCCCAGGCAGACAAGGAGCUGAGGAUGGAGACCACGGAGGACAAAUCCCUGCAGCAGAACCUGGUGGAAGAGGCCGUUUUGUGCAGUUCCACAACACAGGAAUCCAACGGGGUGGAAAAGGCCCGGAGAUCCCGCACGAGGAGGGGCUGCAAACGCAGAUCACGGGGAUCUGAGGAGGACAGACCCAGCCUGUGCCGGGAAGGUGGACGGAGAUCUGGCCAGGGCUCUGAGCAGGUGGUCCAUGAGCAGCCUCACAAUGGGGAGAAGCCCCACAAGUGCUUGGAGUGUGGGAAGAGCUUCAGGUGGAGCAGCAAACUGAUCAGGCACCAGAUGAUCCACACUGGGGAACGGCCCCACGUGUGUGGGGAGUGUGGGAAGAGGUUUCAGAUGAUCAACACCCUGAUGCGUCACCAAGUGGUCCACACUGGGGAGAGGCCCUAUGAGUGUGGGGAGUGUGGAAAGAGGUUUCAGCUCACUUCCAGUCUCCUCCUGCACCAGCGCACGCACACUGAGGAGAAGCCCUUCCGCUGCCCUGACUGCAAGAAGGGAUUCAGGCAAAAUUCCCAUCUUGUCAGGCACCAGCGCAUCCACACUGGGGAGAGGCCCCACAAGUGUGAGCAAUGUGGGAAGAGCUUCAGCCGCAGCUCCCACCUGAACCGCCACCAGAGGAUCCACACUGGGGAGAGGCCCCACAAGUGUAGGGAAUGUGGGAUGAGCUUCAGACAGAGUGCCAACCUGAUCCAGCACCAGAGGACCCACACCGGGGAGAGGCCCUACGAGUGUAGGGAAUGUGGGAAGAGCUUCAGACAGAGCACCAGCCUGAUCCAGCACCAGAGGACCCACACCGGGGAGAGGCCCUACGUGUGUGGGGAAUGUGGGAAGAGCUUCAGACAGAGCACCAGUCUGAUCAGCCACCAACUGAUCCACACUGGGGAGAGGCCCUACGAGUGUUCCAAGUGUGGGAAGAGGUUUCAGACCAGCUCCACUCUCCUCGUGCACUAUCGGACUCACACAGAGGAGAGGCCCUUCCAGUGCUCCGACUGUGGGAAGGGCUUCAAGUACAACUCCGCCCUUGUCACUCACCGGCGCAUCCACACCAGGGAGAGACCCAGCCUGUGCCGGGAAGGCGGCCGGAGAUCCGGCCAGGGCUCUGAGCUGGUGGUCCAUGAGCAGCCUCACAAUGGGGAGAAGCCCCACAAGUGCUUGGAGUGUGGGAAGAGCUUCAGGUGGAGCUCCCAACUGAUCAAGCAGCAGAUGAUCCACACUGGGGAGAGGCCCUAUGAGUGUGGGGAGUGUGGGAAGAGGUUUCAGUUCACUUCCAGUCUCCUCCUGCACCAGCGCACGCACACUGAGGAGAAGCCCUUCCGCUGCCCUGACUGCAAGAAGGGAUUCAGGCAAAAUGCCCAUCUUGUCAGGCACCAGAGGAUCCACACUGGGGAGAGGCCCCACAAGUGCUUGGAGUGUGCAAAGAGCUUCAGCUGGAGCUCCCACCUGAUCUGCCACCAGAGGAUCCACACUGGGGAGAGGCCCCACGAGUGUAAGGAAUGUGGGAAGAGCUUCAGACAUGGCAUCAGCCUGAUCUGCCACCAGAGGACCCACACCGGGGAACAGCCAUACAAGUGUGGGGAAUGUGGGAAGAGGUUCAGCCAGAGAUCCAGUCUGAUCAACCACCAACUGAUCCACACUGGGGAGAGGCCCUACGAGUGUUCCAAGUGUGGGAAGCGGUUUCAGACCAGCUCCAAUCUCCUCGUGCACUAUCGGAGUCACACAGAGGAGAGGCCCUUCCAGUGCUCCGACUGUGGGAAGGGCUUCAAGCACAACUGCACUCUUGUCAACCACCGGCGCAUCCACACCAGGGAGAGGCCCCAGAGUGUCCCCAGUGUGGGAAGAGCUUCUCACUGAGCUCAGCCUUGACCCAACAGCAACGGAGGCACUGAUAAGGGAAGCCCUGCGAGUGCCCCGAGUGUGGGAAGAGCUUUGUGACCCACAUUCCCUGGGAUCCACCUUGGGAAUCCACCUGGCUGCUUCUCCUUCUGUUUUGGCCUCAGUUUUCUUCUGAUUCAUCUUCAUUCCUGUCAUGAGGUGACUUUACCUUUAAGGUGGAUGUGAGAGCUAAGGAAGUUGAAGUUGCUGGGGACUGAAAGGAGUCUCUUCUCCUGACCAAUUAUUGGUCAUUACUGGGAAUUGACAGCAAUUUUAACUAUUGAAAAGGGAGAUCAACUUGUGAACCCUACCUUAAGAUGUAAAGUCAGGGCACUUGGGCUCUUUUUGUUUCCUGGCUGUGAAGGGUGGCGGAGCUCCAGGCCAUGCGGCCGGGCGGGGGCUGCAGCGGCUCCCGGCCGGGAGAUGGGGCCUGCGGAAGGUUUUCCCCGGGCUCUGGCCGGGCUGGGCCGAUCUCUGGCUCGGCUGCAGGUUUUGCUGUGACUAAAUUUAAUAGAGACUGCCGAGUGAAGAAGGAGAGAGGCUCUGGACCUGCAGCGGGCUGGGGCGGCGACUACACUCUCCAGAGCAGCCAUGAGGAAUUUUCUGUCACAGACGGCUCCAGCUCCUGUUUGGCAGAGAUCACAGAGCCAUCUACAAAGCCUGGGCAAGAUUUUAAACUUUUCAUUUCCCAGAGGAGACUUGCAGAUUAAUCUUUUUUAUCCAGAAAAGGAAAAAGAGAGUGAUCAACAUGAAAAGAGACUUUAUAAACUACCAGUCACAAGAAAGAAAAGAAGCUUCAGGAAAGGUAGAGAAUUAAGAAGAUGCUUUAAUUAAGAUGAAAUAUUUUUCUGUUAAAGCUAUGGAGAUGGACAAUAAAGUCCUGAAAGAACUCCUUUAAUUCGUGACUGUAUAUAGGGAGGAAUAGAGUGUUCAAAGUGAAAAUUUGAGUAAAAAGUAGAGUAAUUGUGAUAUAGUGAAGUGCUGGAAACAGUGAAGCGAAAAUUUGAAGCCUUGGGGGGCAAUGAGAAAAACUGUUUUCUGGUGAAGCUCACAGAAACAGAUGAAGAACACUUUUGCUUCUGAAUA